UCCGGCCCCGCGCACGGCAGGAGGCGGCGGGGCCCCGCCGGCCCCCGGGGAGCCGCGGCGGGGGCGGAUGGAGACAGCGGGCACGGCGGCGGGCUGGGUUAUUUUCUUCCAUCUUCCUCUCAUCUCUGGAAGCUCUGUCAGUAUUGGGAUAGGCAGCAAUUAUUCCAAUCUCCCAAUUGCCUCGAACCAGAGCAGCGCUUCCAGCGCCUUCCCAAGCGCCGGGGAGCACGGCGGUGACAGCAGCCUGCUGGUGUCCCCGCUGCUGGUGGCAGGGGUGGUGAUCGGGCUGGUGCUGCUGCUGUCCUGUGCCACCAUCGUGGUGGGCAGCCUGCGCAGGGACAGCCGGGCUCGCCGGGCCCGCCCGGGCACGGCGGCUGCGGACGCUCCAGAUGGUUUCUCCCACGGCGGCUCCUCUGCAGAGCUGAGAUCCACCUGCAGCGAGGAGCUCCCCCCAGCCUGUGACUUUGACUCCUACCUGGAUAUACUUUCUCAGGUGAACCUCAUGUAUCCUGACCCACCUCCAUGCUAUGAUGAAUGUGUGGGGCCAGGAGCAACACAAAUAUAUAUUCCCACAGAUGAUCCCCCCCCAUAUUCCCUUACGGACCCUUGCCAAAGAAAUGAAACACCCAGAAACAUCUGCACCAGCCAGGAGGAGGAAGCAGCCUGUGGGACUGCGGGCCGGGCUGCGGGAGCGGCACUGAGGCUGCGGGAGCUGCAGCAGCCCGGCUCGGCCCUGGCCGUCAUCUCGCAGUGCGGGGGCUGCUCCCCCGCGCGGGACAGCGGCGUGUGAGCGCAGCGGGACACGGAGCGUGCUCCGCUGGCCAUCGCGCCCCGACACCGCAAUGAGAGCGGCUCUUGCCGGAAUUCUUCUGAAGAACUCAGACCAAUAGAAGAAUAAAACCUCUGGAAGUUUUACCAAUUUUAUAUCUUUAAACAGGGAUACAAUGGGAUUUUUUUUUUACCGCGAAUUUUGCAAGUUUAUGUAAAUUUCCCUGUAUGUGCUUCAAAGUGUUCCAUGGCAUCACACAGCAUAAAAGACCAGCAGAGACAAGCAGUGCAUCUGACCUUUCUAAAGCAUUGCAGAACCUAUUGAAAUUAGCCACUCAUAAUGAAGAUAAAUGUUAUCCA